AUUUUUGAAUUACAUGUAACGCAACGCUCAGCAUCAUCUAUGUUUUGGUCUUCAUGAAUGAUUCAUAAGAAGUCAAAUCUUGCACUUGCGGAAAAUGACCAGGAGUAGCUGGACAGAUUCGGAGUUGCCAAACAAGGAGGCGCAGGGCCUGGCUGCGGCCGAGGCGCGGCCAAGCAGAACGCAGUGGGUCGAGCACACAGAUGAAAAUCUUCAUCCAGCGCUGGCUGCAGAACGACAACCGCCACUGUCUCUUGCAUUACGGGCACUGUGAGCCCAUUUCUUAGAUAGAACAGCUUUCAUUUCGUUUGGUAGCUUCGUUCCUAAGUUGGGGUACUGUUACAGUUACUUAAACCAAUACUGAAUUUGAUGUUCUAAGAGAUGGGUUUCUUCCGGUGGCUAAGGCUAUUCUAAUCGCAGCAAGCACCAGUUCGUCAGUGCAAGACGUGUUUGCUGACGUUGUACGACCUUCCGUUGAAAAUGAGCGAGAAGAGCUUCGUGCGCUUGGCUUGCUUGAAGACCUUUCGUCCCCAUUGCAAGUUGCAGUUCCUGGAGGGUCUUCCGAGGACGACAGUAAUGGCUCUCGUAAGCACAUCAAGAAGUCGUUAGUUGAGUUUGACGACAGUGCGACUACCAGCUGUGCUUCCUCAGCCAGAAGCGCCAUUGGUUCUUCGUCCAGUGCUGUUUCCUCCACUGUGACACAGAAUUCGGGGGGUAAGCAAAUUAAGGGUAGGUUAAAGGUGCUUUUCUUACCGCUUUUUAUGCCUCUCCUAAGGGAGAAAGGCAUAACAAGCGGGGCAAGCGAGCACCAAAAACCUACCUCUAAGCAAACUACCGCACCUGACAGCUUUCGGGAUACGACUACAAAAGUUUUGUCUACCACAUCUGGGCGCUACCACAGUAGUCCAAAAAGCAGUCCAUCAAGGCCGAAACCCGCAUGGGUUGCCAAAGCAACAAGCCCGGCGAAGUAUUUUCCUUCUCGUGGAGGUCUUCAUUCAGCAGAAGGUGAAGACGCAACAAGUGUUGACUCAGUAGAGGCAAGAGCAAGAACAUCUUCAAGUACUAGUAGAUCUUCAACGACGUCAAUGAUCAACUCUAGUCGUGGCAUAUUCCCGCUUCCCUAUGCUGACUCCUCCAAUUCCUUGGACGAAACGUGUGCUUCGCCUGUUGAGCCGACAAGCGGUAGAUCGAGCAAUGGGCGCACUGGGCGUUUGUUGCGCGCGACGCACUUACGGACAGCGAAACACGAUGUGGAAAUCGAUGGGACGAAUGCUAGUUUAGG